UAGUCAAGUAAGAAGGUAUAUCACUUUCCUGUUGGCAUUCACUGACUAAACUUAAAAUCACACACAUGAAAAAAUCACUUUCGUCAGUCAAUAUUCAGAAAAAACUUUAGGAAAGUGCAAAAUUGCCUAGUGCCGUUGAUAUUCCGAAUCCCACAUAGACCCAUUACAGCUAUAGACCAUGUCGUAUCAGAUCAAAUCGACGCCAUAUUUCCGGCGGAUGUUCAACAAUAGCAAGAAGAAUGGCCAGUUGCAGAAGUUAAGGGAGGAGUACGAGAGGAUCCAGGAGUUCAAUGAUCGCACUAUCGAGCUGAAGAUGCGGCAGGUGCGCUUGAAGCGGCUGUUCCGGGAGAUUGAGGAUAUGAAGGCGGCAGCUGCUGCUGCUGCUGCUGCGGGCGGUAGUCAGCCCACCAGUCCCAACAGAUCUCGCGGUGCUUCCAAUUCACCAACCCCGGCUGCACGCAAUCUACAGCGCAGGAAUCAUAAUGUAAGACUAACAAAUAUCACGCCGGAGCAAAAGAUCCGUGAGCAGCGGGUGGAGAAUUUGGCCAGGGCCCGCGAACUGGGCAAGGAGAUCUCGCGAAGAAAUGCCGAGAUGGCCGAGGCCGGAACCGGCGGUUUCCUGAGGAGCGAACUCCGGCUGACGGCCAAGAUGCAGGCGGUGGCCGAUGCCCGGAAGGAUGCCGACGAACGCCGGGAACGGGCUGCCAAGCGUAUCUCGUACGGCAACGACCAGUCCCGGCAGAACCUCCAGCGAUUGCUCCAGGUUCGCCAGCGAAAACUCGGCGGUGGACAUGCCCAGGCUGCCGGGAAUCGGUCCCAUCUGCAGCCCGAUGACCAGGUGCCCAUAACCCAACAGCUUCCAAGACAGGAGAUAAGACCCAGUUACCUGUAUCCAGACUAUCGCCAACUGACCCCCAGUCAGCUCCAACUCCUGGAGGUUGAGAACAAGCCGUCGACUCAGGUGCUGCAAAUCCAGCGUGACCAGGAGGAGAAUGAGCUGAUGCUGCGGCUGAAGGAGCAGGAACUAAGGAUGGAGGCCCAGCUUAGGCAGCAAGAGGCGGACUUCUCCGACCAGGAGGACCAUAUGCAUUUUUGCCGACAGGCUUCCUCAAUGUCAUCGCCGGAUGAAGAGAAUAGCGAGGAGCAGCGGUUAAUCCGAUUGAGGCUUCAGAAUCCCGAGUUGGCCGACGAGCUGGAGCGCCGGCGGCGACGACAGCAGGAGGACGAGGAAGAGGAGGAGCAGCUGCAGCGGCGGCUGCGUCAUCUCCACGAGGAGACCUCGCCCCUGCGGCUGGCCCGCAUCUCGCUUAGCUCGACGGAGGGCACGAAUGCCACCAAUGUCACAGUGGAAACGGCAGCCACAUCCCCCAUGAAUGUCCGGUUUCCCUACCAAGAGAUGGACCCCAUCGACUCCAAUCUGGAGGUACAUACUGCUCCGCUGGCCACCAACAACGAGAAUCGCUUGGGCCUGGCCUCCCUUUCCGCUACCAUAGCUUCGCAUCAACCCACUCAGAGUGUGCCGUACCAAACGGACUACCCAAUCGACCAGGAUUCCGCCUCCAACCGGUGGAGGCAAAUUUCCCUGAUGUUACCCUGGUUCAAGGCCUUUCCCGACCUUGAAUCUGAAUCUCCCGUGAUUCCGCCGCCUCCGGACAACCGGAUGAACGUCGAGCCCAGCAACUACGAGAUGAGAGAUGAGAUGGUGCCAGCACCUGGCCCACAGGCCAAUCCCACGUACUCCUACCAGCUCAGCGAUGUGGCCACUCAGGCGGAGGAGGAACCCUUUCCGCCUCCCCACUGCGAGUUCUUGCUGUCCACCUUUGAUUUCAUUGGAACUGCCGAGCGGUAGGAAUCCUGAAAAGGAUCAAAUCGGAUCGGAUCGUGCAUAUGCCCAGUCCAAGUCAUAGUUCCAGUACCAAAUCUGUGCCCUACCCACGAGGACAGCGGUCCGUACUGAAGUAUGAAAUUGGGUACAUCACAUUAACACAAAGCAAACAAUUCACUUCACUUUUUCAGUUGGCUUAAUAAAAUUCUUUCUUUCUAUAUA